AUGGAAAUAGGCAACGAAGAGGAGAAGCCGAAAAUGCCGAAAAAUUCUAGAAGACUGCUUUGCCCGGAUACGUCUGAACUCCCUGAAGAAGUUCCGGAAGGGCAGCAACUUGACGAAGUGGGAAGUGAGGAAAUGGAGCCGGCGAGCACGGCCCCAAAAAGACGCGGAAGACCUCCGAGAAAAGCUGCGGAAUCGGCGGAGGAUACGGAACCGGCGACAAGGCGAAAUGGCCGAACUUCUCGAAGUCGGUCGUCCACCUCAGGGGUCAAAGCUACCGCUACGGUUCCGACUACGCGGCGCUCCGCUCGACUGAAGGACACUGAGGAGCCAGCUUCUGAAGAACACGACGAAGAUGCCGGGCAAGCAGGAGAAGACGAACACGCCGAAGAGGCUGACCAACCUGGCCCCUCGUCUGCACCUGUACAACAAGAUGAAGAAGACGAUGAAGAUGAGGAGGAUGAUGACGACCCCCUUGACCUUGAUGAGCAGUGCAUGGCGCACAAAGAAUGCGCGCUCACGAAAGACAUGAUGAAGCACUGGCGCACCUGUGUGAAUGGGUGCUUCAUCUGCAACGAGCCGCACCAGGCCCACGUGCUACGCCUUGAUGAGAACAACUACCCACCUCCAGACGGACAGCGCAAAGUCGAAAAGCCUUGGCACCGCCCCCACGGUCCGGGAGUGCGAAAUAACGUCGUCUACGGCUACACGAAGGUCAUCUUCCCUCCAAAUCCCCAGAUUCAACACAAAUACGUCAUCGAGGAGGCCAAACUGGCGUGGGCCGAGGAGGAGGCCAUCUACCGGACGGCCGACACGCUCGAGCAGUACAAGGAAAUGGUGCAGCCGAGAAUGGAUGCGCUGGCAGCGCGAGGACGG